AUGCUCGCCGGUACCGUAUCUCUUAGAAUGUAUGCUCUUUCCAGGUUUGAUUUGGUAGUUUUCACUGCUAGUAUGGAGGUAUAUGGAACACAUGUUGCUGAUAAACUCGAUAAUGGGCGAGGGAUUCUGAACAGGAGGUAUUUCCGUCAGCACUGUACGAUGGAUUAUGGAGGAUACACGAAGGAUCUUAGCGCUAUUCACCAAGAUCUGUCGUCAAUUUUUAUUUUAGACAAUUCCCCAGGAGCUUACAGAAAGUUUCCUCAAAAUGCUAUUCCGAUUCCAUCUUGGUUUUCGGAUCCAUCGGACACGUGUUUACUGAACUUAUUACCAUUCCUCGAUGCGCUACGGUUUACAUCAGAUGUGCGAAGUAUUUUGAGUCGAAAUCAACAGAGUUUCAAUCAAGUGUGGUGA